CCCCGCCCUGUGCCGGGCGGAGCCAGCUGCCAAAGUGGCUAGUCUUCGCACAUAGCCCAGCCUCUGUGCAGGGUCCAGAGCUGAGACCCAAAGGGGCCCUGGCGGGAGCCGAUGAGGACACUACUGACCAUCUUAGCUGUGGGAUCCCUGGCCGCUCGCACUGCUGAGGACACUUCUGGGCUCCUUCAACACGUGAAAUUCCAGUCCAGCAACUUUGAAAACAUCUUGACGUGGGAUGGUGAGCCAGCUGGUACCCCUGGCACGGUCUACAGCGUGGAGUAUAAGAGGUACGGGGAGAAAGCGUGGCUGGCUAAGGCGGGCUGCCAGCGGAUCACCCAGAAGUCCUGCAACCUGACCAUGGAGACCCGCAACCACACCGAGUUCUAUUAUGCCAAGGUCACGGCUUUCAGCCCGGGGGGCCCGCCAGUCACCAAGAUGACUGAUCGCUUCAGCUCGUGGCAGCACAGAUGUAAAGCCCGCCACCUCUUCCCUUGCUGGCGAAUCUUAGAGAAGAUCCAGUUCCUCCCUAGCCUUGAGUCAGGCAGCUACCGAUGGCAUUUGACCAGGAUGUUGCCUUGUGAGUACGGGCCAAGCAGCCGAGGCUUUGGAGGAGAGGCGCGCUGUAAAUCUAGCUUUUCCAAAGAUGACGGUGGCACCAAGAUGAAUGUGCCCGUGGACAGGAACCAAACCAGAGAUGAAGCAGGCUCUAUGAGAAGGCUCUGUGUGCAUGGGUACCUGUGUGCAUGUGUGUGUCCGUGUGUGUCCGUGUGUGUCCGUGUGUGUCUGUCUGUGUCUGUGCAAUCAUCUUGGGUUCUCUGUCCAUUUCAGCACCUCGAAGGCAAACAGAGAGAAUACGAGUUCCUUGGCCUGACUCCAGACACAGAGUUCCUUGGGUCCAUCAUGAUCUCCGUUCCUCUGUGGUCCAAGAAGAGCGCCCCCUAUGUGUGCCGAGUGAAGACGCUGCCUGAUCGGACAUGGGCCUAUUCCUUCUCUGGCGCAGUGCUGUUCUCCACAGGUUUCCUCAUUGGCUUGCUCUGCUACCUGGGCUACAAAUACGUUACCAAGCCACCCGUCCCUCCUAACUCUCUGAAUGUCCAGCGUGUCCUGACCUUCCAGCCUCUGCGCUUCAUCCAGGAACACGUUCUGAUCCCCGUCUUGGACCUCAGCGGCCCCCACGGUCUAGCUCAGCCCAUCCAGUACUCCCAAGUGGUGGUGUCCGGGCCCAGGGAGCCACCCAGAGCUGCACAGCGGCACAGCCUGCCUGAUGUCUCCUACGUUGGACAGUCAGAUGUCUCCCUCCUGCCCACCAACGUGCCACCUCAGCAGACACUGUCCCCACCGUCCUAUGCUCCGAAGGCUGUCUCCGAGGUCCAGCCCCCCUCCUAUGCUCCUCAGGUCGCCUCUGAUGCCAAGACUCUGGUCUACUCGCCACAGCAGGUGAUGAAGACCCGGCCUCUCACCUACAGCCCGCAGGGCAUCCUGGACAGCUGGCCUGCUUCCUAUGCUGUGUGUGUGGAAGACCCUGGCAAAGACUGCACCGCUGAGGUCCUCUCCAACCCCAAACAGCUCAAGCCGAAAGGUCAGCUCCAGGAAGACACGCUUGCCGGAAGCUGUCUCUCCGGGGACCUUUCUCUGCAGGAAGUCACCUCCUUGGCUGAGGAGGGAGCACAGAGACCAAAGUCCCUUCCCUUACCUCUGGGGUUUUGCAUGGACAGAAGGCCUGACCUUCAUGCACUGCACAGUGGGGAACCAGAGACACCUCGGUACUUGAAGGAGCCACUAUCCCUCCUGUCCUCUGUCCAGAUUGAAGGCCACCCUGUCUCCCUCCCUUUAAAUACCCACUCCCUUUCAUGUUCCUCCCUGGACCAGGAACCAAGUCCCUGGAGCCUGCUGGACUCCCUUGUGUGUCCGAGGGAUGAGGGUCCAGGGGCUGAGGCCGUGAGCCCCAGUUCCCCAGCUUCUGAGCUGCAGCAGUCCACAGAACUGGACUGUCUUUUCAAAGGCUUGGCCCUGACUGUGCAGUGGGAAUCCUGAAGGGAGGUCAGAACGAGCAAGCCUAGGCUUCUUGCUGCCCCACCCAGCUAACAACCCCACACCCACCAAGCUGCAGGCUCUAAAGGCCCAACCCCAGGUGGGUGCCCUGGUGAGAGCCAGAGGAAGGAAGAUUUGGGCGCCAAGUAAGAAUACAAAUGUAUGGUGAGGGCUGCCCUAGAGAAGUUACAGGCAGGCGGUAUGUACAAAUGGCCUGAGCCACAGGGCCGAGCAGGCAAGACAGACAGUGUGGGGUAAUGCAGGGAAACCUGGAGAGCCUGUGCCACCCCUCUACUCCUAGAACGUUGGGCUGGAGGCUGCCUCUCUUCCCUUGCUUCCUGGCCAGCUCCCAAAUCUAGUUUAACCACGAGUGACUCAUCCACCUUCUCUGGAGGAGCUUGGACCGGAAGGAAGCUAGGGGACCAAACAUAACAGGCUGUCAAGGCUACAGGCAGCACAGUAGCCAGACUUCAGGGCAGAGUGUGGCCAGAGCUUACCCCCUGCCAGGGCUCCCUUCUUUGCUCCACUGUGGGAGACUUCACCCUGGAAUGACUUGUUAACCCAUCAGGAGGUGAGGCAGGGGUCCCGAGGAAAGCACCGGAGCCAUGGAACCCAAAAGCUUUGGGAUCUCGGUCUGUCCGGUCUCCGCCUACCAUCUGUAGGGCAGCAAGCAAGUGAAUUAGCUCAGACCUCAGUGAUGAAACAGGGAUCAUCAUACUUACCUUACAAGGCAAUGCCAUCCUAAUGCCAAGCAUGACAGUAAUGUCUGGGAAGUGCUUUGUUGCAACCCAGGGCAGGGUCUGAUAGACCGUCACUGUCUCCUGCUGAGAGGUUUUGUUUUUUUUUUUUUUUUUAAUCUGGAAAGACAAGGAGGGCCUUCUGCUCACACAGGUUCAUGGAUGUUUCCUCAUGGAGCAGAGGCCAUACAGGCAAGGACUGGACUAUCUAGGGCAGACAAGAGGAGUCUGGACAGGGCCUUCUAGAAACAGGCCUGGAAGCAAGGAAUGGCACAGAGCCUUCUCUUUGAGGUUGUAGGUGGAAGCUGUCUGGACAGAGGCCAUUUCACAGGCCUUUGUCUGUCCCACCUCCAAGCACCACCCCACCUCUGACCCUGUGCCUGCACAGAGGAAGGAGAAGAACUUUUACUCUCUGCUGUCAGGAAGCUGUACCCAUUGUAGCACUCUCACCUGAGAUGGGCCUUACCCAGGCCUAUGCAAGGCCGUGCUGGGGAGGCCACACUCAAACACAGGGCCUUUUGUGCGGGGUGGGGGAAAGGGGGCUGAGUCUGGCAGAACACAAGGAAAGGGGGGCCCUAAAGGAUUCCUGAGGGAAGGUGCCCUCCCAUCACCUUGUUGCCCCAAGUUUCUGAGACACAACACCAAGCUCCGUCUGUGUCACCAUGGCCCUUUAGAAGAACACUGUGUCCUUCCACUCUACUCACCUGUGUUUUCCCCUUCUUUUCCCCGCCAGAUCCCCUUAAUGACACAUGGUAACAGGUGAGGCUCUUAUCUGUAUGUCAUUAAUAUUUAACCUCCCUCCAAGGUCACUGACCCAGUAUCCCGGGCCAAAGGUCAACUGCCUUUACCUUGUUUAUGAAUAAAAAGCAAUCGAAUGGCCUGUUCUGGCCCGGUCAGUACAA